CGGGACUCGCCGCUCGCACGCCCUUGGGCCGGGCCGGGCGCCCGUUGUCCCUUUUUCUUCCGACGCGCUCCGCCAGUCGAGCCGGUGUAUGUGCGGCAAUAACAUGUCCGCCCCGCUUCCCGCCAUCGUGCCCGCCGCCCGGAAAGCCACCGCUGCGGUGAUUUUCCUUCACGGAUUGGGAGAUACAGGGCAUGGAUGGGCGGAAGCUUUUGCUGGUAUCAGAAGUUCACAUAUCAAGUAUAUCUGCCCACAUGCACCAGUUAUGCCUGUAACAUUGAAUAUGAACAUGGCUAUGCCUUCCUGGUUUGAUAUUACUGGGCUGUCACUAGAAAUACAGGAGGAUGAACCUGGAAUUAAACAGGCAGCAGAAAAUGUCAAAGCUUUGAUAGAGCAAGAGGUGAAGAAUGGCAUUCCUUCUAACAGAAUUAUUUUGGGAGGAUUUUCUCAGGGAGGAGCGUUAUCUCUGUACACCGCUCUUACCACGCAGCAGAAGCUGGCGGGAGUCACGGCCCUCAGUUGCUGGCUCCCUCUACGGACUUCGUUUCCACAGGGUCCUAUCAGUGGCGUUAACAGAGACAUUCCUAUUCUUCAGUGCCAUGGAGACUGCGACCCUUUAGUUCCCCUAAUGAUUGCUUCUCUUACUUCUGAAAAGCUAAAAACAUUAGUAAAUCCAGCGAAUAUAAUCUUCAAAACCUAUGAAGGCAUGAUGCACAGUUCGUGUCAGCAGGAGAUGCUGGACAUCAGGCAAUUCAUUGAUAAACUUCUACCUCCGGUUGAUUGACGUCACUAAGAGGCCUUGUGUGGAAGUACCACCAGCAUCACUGAAGUGUAUAAACCUCUUCCUGUGCUCAAUCCUGAAACUUCGAACGUUUGCAGUGUUUUUCAGAUACACACCCAUAACACAGACUACAUAAUAAUAAUAUCUCCUUCUGGGAAAUAAUGUUCUUUUAAGUUUCUAUACAUGUGUUUAUAUGAUUCAGAAUAUACUAGUAGUAAAAUAGGUGAAGCAGCUAACUUUUUCCCAAAUGUAAUUCAGCAAAAUAAUAAAAUAUUGUAACCAGAUUUUUUAUUACAUCAUUUGAAAAUUAUUAGUAUGCUUAAUGAAAAUUUGUUCAGGUAUAAAUGAGCAGUUAGGAUAUAAAUUAUUUAUGCAUCCUGUGACUUCAUCUACAGACUUACUUCAAAAUUACUUAGUCACCGUGUACUAUCUGUAUUUUUAUACAUGUAUUCAUUAUAUACUUAAGGACUGUAAUACAUAAUGAGAAUGAGGUAUUACUGCAUUAUUCCCAAUAAUAGGGAUAAUGCUUCUAAAUUCUAGAGUAAUAUUGUUCUCUUCAGUUAAUGGCCCUUUAAUUUUGGGGACCAGGCUUUACUUUCCCUGAUACCAUUUCUAUUUAAUGUUUUUUUUUU